AUGCCGUCCGAAGUCUCCGACAUCAAGCAGUUCAUCGAGAUCUGCAGGCGCAAGGAUGCCAGGUCUGCGCGCAUAAAGAAGAACAAGAAGGCCGGCAACAUCAAGUUCAAGGUCCGAUGCGAGCGCUUCAUCUACACCCUGGUCCUUAAGGACACCGACAAGGCCGAGAAGCUCAAGCAGUCUCUCCCCCCGGGUCUCACCAUCUCCGACGUUGGCAAGAAGAACCCCAAGGGCAAGCGAUCCGCAUAA